AUGCUUGCGUCGUCGCACAUCAUCUUGCUUGCUUUGAUUAGAUUGUAUGUAUUAAAUGCUUUAAUCAGUCUUGCUGAUUAUUUAUCAAGUAAUCCUGAUUAUUCUUGUAGAAACUUCCUUACAAGCUUUCCUUUUGAAUUUGCCUUUACUGUGAUUGGUAUGGGUGAUGACAUGUCUAUAAUGGCGUUUGAAGUGGACUGUUGCAUGCUGGAGGGGUAUUGUGAUGAAUAUCAUCUUUCUCUUAUGCUUGGAUUCCAGGUUCCGUCUUCGUCUUCUUCUAUUCUUGAUGCCCCGCCCUGUAAGGUUGGAUUUUAUCUUCGACAUCUUGUGUGUGGAUUGUGGUUACCCCCGUCUCGCAUUAUCUUAAAGGUUCUCUAUUUUUACAAACUUCAUCUUGUCCAACUAUGUCCGAAUGCGGCGUCCAAUAUUGUUACUUUCGAAGUGUUUUAUGUUUCUCAUAAGAUACCACUUCAUGUCUCCUUGUUUCGUUAUUUUUAUCGCUUGAAGAAGUAUGGUGACUGGUUUUCUUUUAGUAGUUGUCACUUUCCUCUGUCUCCAUAUUUGGGUUGUUCGAAUGGGAACUAG